CUGUGGCUCGGGGAGGUGGAGCUGGCGCUCGCGGAGGCGGUGCAGGACGGGGCGGAGCCGGGCCGCGUGGACACGUUCUGGUACAAGUUCCUGAAGCGGGAGCCGGGAGGAGAGCUCUCCUGGGAAGGUACUGGAGCUGGCGUCCGCCCCGAGCGCGCACCGGGGGCUCCGGCCUUGGCCUCGGCCUGGGGCGCCAGCCCGUGCCCUCUGCGCUCUCCUCGGGCGCUUUGCCCGUCUCCCCGGCUUCAAAAGCCGCCCCGAGCUCCCCGGGAGCCCCGGACCGACCCUUGGCUGCCGGCCAAACUGUCGCCGCCCGCCGCGCCUCGGGGUCGGGAGGCGUCCAAAGAUUCGUGCGGGGUUCCGGCCGGCCGCCCCUUCGCUCUCUGACCCUCCGCCCUCUUUCCCACACGCCCGGGUGCCGGGGUGGUUUUCCUGGCAUGCUAGCUUCGCGGCCCAGUUUCCUAUGUCCCCCCCCUCGCCCCCCGUCGCCGUGUCAUCCCCGCGCGAGACCCCGGCCGCGUGGCCCUCCCUGCCGCUCCGGGUUCACUCCUGAGCUCUGCCUUAGUGGUUUCUGUGUCCUCAUUUCCCCCGCUCGUUCGCUAAGAAAUGACCCCACCAGUGAAGCUAGCCUGGUUUCUGAUCCACGUGCGUUGUGACAGUCUUAGGUCUGCAGUGAACCAUGCUUCAGUAUUCCGUUGGCUUUGGUGGAGUAACAUGAAAACCAAUCAGAGAAACACUUUGUCAUGGCUCCCUAUCAGUUAACUGUGCCAGAAUUUCUUAGAGAAUUAAUUCUACAAGAUGAGUUUAAGACAAGUACCCUUAUAAAGCUUGGCAAUGGACCUCACCAUGACCGUUGCUGUACUUAUAAUGAAAACAACUUGGUGGAUGGUGUUUAUUGUCUCCCAAUAGGACACUGGAUUGAGGCCACUGGGCACACCAAUGAGAUGAAGCACACCACAGACUUCUAUUUUAAUAUUGCAGGCCACCAAGCCAUGCAUUAUUCAAGAAUUCUACCAAAUAUCUGGCUGGGUAGCUGCCCUCGUCAAGUGGAACAUAUAACCAUCAAACUGAAGCAUGAAUUGGGGAUUACAGCUGUCAUGAAUUUCCAGACUGAAUGGGAUAUUGUACAGAAUUCCUCCGGCUGUAACCGCUACCCAGAGCCCAUGACACCAGACACCAUGAUUAAGCUCUAUAGGGAAGAAGGCUUGGUCUACAUCUGGAUGCCGACACCAGAUAUGAGCACCGAAGGCCGAGUGCAGAUGCUGCCACAGGCGGUCUGUCUCCUGCACGCGCUGCUCGAGAAUGGACACACCGUGUACGUUCACUGCAACGCCGGGGUCGGCAGGUCCACCGCGGCCGUCUGCGGCUGGCUCCAGUACGUGAUGGGCUGGAAUCUGAGGAAGGUGCAGUACUUCCUCAUGGCCAAAAGGCCGGCUGUGUACAUUGACGAAGACGCACUGACCCGGGCAGAAGCUGACUUUAUUCAGAAAUUUGGGAAGGUUCGUUCUUCCAUGUGCGGUAUGUAGGUGGCUCAUUUGCCUCCCCAUGCUCUCAAUUUCCUUAGGUGAUGCUAGUAGAAUGACCUAGAAACAAAGAUUGCACCAGAACUGAAAAGACCGGUCAAGUGCUUUGCCCACAGCCUGCCCCCUUUUGUCUGGGGCUGACUUUCUGUUAUGCUUUGGUUGGGCUGUAUUUUCUUUGAAAUAUUUUUCAGUGGAAGCUGUGACUGACGGACACUUGAGAAAAAGGCACAAGCAAUUGGACGGGGCAGUGUUCUAGCAUCGGACGGAACAGCAAUGCAUGCAGGUCCUGCUGCCUGCAGGCACACCAGGCCUUGGCUUUGCAGAUGCCGCAUUUGUUGUAGUGCGGAUUAACGACUGCACCUUCCGUGGCAUUGUAAUGUGACCCACCCGUUACAACGCUUGCGUGUUGACGCUCGCACACACACGUGCACAGCUUUUCUGCUGCACUGAACUGAAACGAUACAAUGAGAGCUGGUCAGUUGCCGAAGAAGGGAAUAUGGGUACGAGUGUGGACUAUGACAGAGGAGGAGCUCCCAUGACUGAAAAGUGAUGGCUUUCUAGACUUGGUGUUGGCAUCCUGCUUCCCAGUUGUUCGAGUUGGUUCCAGGGCAUCUACCCACAACCCUUUGUGACAACCACAGUGGAGUUACUGUCUCUCUCUUUCAUUUAAUUGAGGCUCAGCCAGCGUAGACAGCUUGCCCAAGGUCUCAUGGCUAGUCAGCGACCAGCUGGUGUUUAAAACCCACGUGUAUGUGACUCAGUGCUUUCAACACAACUUGUUGGUUUUCCUGCCACAGUGUAGUGGAUUCUGCUUCUCUCUCUGAGAGUAUGGCCAGUUUCUCUGCAGCAGUUUCUACAGUGAGAAAUGGAACAGCGUUCUGGUCAGUUGCCAAGGAAUUUAGGAAAGUAGUUCUAUUUUGUGCAACCUAAUUUAAAACAUGGUGAGCUGUCUCAACACCCAAGAGGCCUGAGCCCUAGCUCACGAGAGGAGCCAUCCUACCAGAAGAGCCCAGAUCCAUAGAUGACUGUUGCACAGCUUGGAGCGAUGCUGUUCAGCCCUCAGUUUAAAACAGUACACAGUUACUGUGCCCCCAGAAUAUGUGGCUCACUCCCCUCGGUUCUACAGGAAAUACGAAGAGGAGCGAGUCUCUGCCUUCUAAAGGCUCCCAGCCCCGAAACAGCUGCUGUUCAAUCAACCAUGCCCCAGGAUUGAUCUAUGAACAAUAUGCCAGAAUAGAGGAAGAAGUAGCUUUUAUCGGGUACCUUAUAUGUGCCAGGUGCUUUUCAAUUUUAAUUGAACCUUCACGGCACCCUACGAGGGCAGUUCAUUACCUCCGAUAAAUAACCGAGAAAACGAAGGCUCAGGUAGUUCAGCCAACUGCCCAGCAUCACAUGGUGAAGAAAUAGAUGAAAUGAGAUACCAAGCUAGGUUUGUCUAAUUCAACACCCGUGCUUUUUCUAUUAAACUGCAAUGCCCGCUUAUUUUUCAGCUCCUUUUUUCUCUUCUGUAAUUAUUUAUUGGUAGAUACAAGAGACUCUGAAUUAGGAAGUAUGGGGGAUAAGAAGGACACAAGGUAAGAGCCACUGGAGUUCAGAGGCGGCAGAGCUGUCUUUACUGUGGGACUCAGAGGGGAUGGCUUUUGAUUUGUCAGAGAAUGCUAGACAGCUCACAUUUCUCCUGCAAGUUUACCAAGUUCAACUGAUAAGCCAGGAUUGACUAUCAUGAAAUCCAGUUCCCUUGCUAAAAAUAACUAGAGAUAACGAUUAUAUCCAAGUAACCCAUUUAUGGUCAUAAUAUGUUGUGUAAAACUUAAUCCUAAAAAUGGAAUAUUUCUAACCAAUUAUAUACGUGUGUGUGUGUGUGUGUGUGUGUGAAUUUCUCUAAUGCCUAAGAAGCUCAGCUAUGUAACCUCCACUUUGGAAAGACCUUUCUGGGUGGAUUUUCCUUUUUCCUCUGAUAGGAAAAAUCAGUUUGGGCUAUAAAAGAAUGUUUUGGAAUAACCUCUCUUGUCCUCAAUAAAUGGAUGUCCAGUGUAUUUCAAAAUCACCUGUAAUUUUGCUGAAUAAAAGCAUUAAAAAUGACCUCUGAUAAUAGGAUUAAAACUU